AUGGAGCCUGGGGACAGAAGAACGCGGUAUUGUCAAGUUGCGCACAGCGGGGGCGUGCCUUCUGUUUGUCGAGGUGCCUGGAACCGGAACGCGUGGGCGCGCCUCAAACAGGUCUGCGCUGGAGGAAACCCGAGCCUGCUGAAUCCACUCCAAACAAAAAAGAAAAGUACAGCGUUUCAGCGUUUCCAAAAACUGCGUCUCCAAAUCACCCGAGAGCUCGCCGGUACUGCCUUUGGAGACGCGCACAACUCGCGCUCCCGGUGUGCAGGGUCCGCCUAUUUUAUUUUAUUUUAUUUUAAAAGAACAAAACUUUCUUUUCACGCUUCUUUCAGCCAGCCCUGCGUUUCACCGGGUCCUGCCUCAAACCGCCCAUCCCUAAAACAGAAGUUCCAGAAGACAGAGGUGAGGAAUCAGGUGGGGGCCCCCCCACCCUUUGCUGUUGCCAUGACGAUGGUCGCACCCACCACCACCAUGGGUCCUGAGGAGACGACAGCCCUCCCCGUGGAGAGGAAUGACUCCAUCAUCACCGCCGUGGUGAUCGUGUUGGUUCUGCUGACUCUGCUCGCAAUGGGCUUCCUCCUCUACCACUACCUGUGCAAGAACAAGGGCGCCUACAAGACCGCGGGCGAGCCGGACCCGGGAGACGAUAUGGACCUGCAGAGCCAGCUAGAACUGGACCAGGACCAGAAGAAAGAGUACUACAUCUAACCAGCCCGACCUGCGGAGAGAGAGAGAGAGAGAGAGAAAGAGGGGGGGGCGCGCACCUUUCACCGCUGUCCCAAAAAUCGCUUUACAAAAACCCAAGAAAAGCAAUUCAGUAAAAAACACUGAACACAGCUGGUAGCAAGAUGAGAAGGAGAUCCUGUUUUAAUACGGGUGGAUGAAGCACAGCGCCCCUCAAGCCUCCUCUGACCAAUCAGACAAGGAGCUUCGUACAGCAGGGGCACGGCUCCACCCCACUGGGACACACCCGGCCUCAGAUGCUGCUGCCGCCUCUAUUUUAGACAGUCCAGAGGACAGCGGGGGCACGUUCACUGUGUCCAGUCGACCCUGUCUCUUCUGUCAGUCAGUAUGUCCAGUUGUCUCUUCUAUCACUCGAUAUGUCCCAUUGACCCAGAGUCUUCUCCUGAGUACUUUGGCUGGGCUGGAGAACUAUAUUAACUGCAGAAGCAUCGUUCCCUAUUCAGAGGUUAUUGUGAGCAGGGUAGGCUGCAGCCGUUCACAUUACACUAAGCUAUUCGGGUGUUUCUAGGGAUUUUGCUAUUACUGUGUACAUAUUAUUAUUAUUAUUAUUAUUAUUAUUAUUAUUAAUUAGUGGUUUUGCUAGUGUACUGUAUUGCAGUGUAGCUGUUGCCUGCAGACUCAUUGGAGAUGCCUCCUGUUCGAAAACUAUGAGGUAAUGCAAGCUUAUACAAAUGCCUGCUAUUGCGUGUGUCAUCCAGCAGAGGGAGACGGUUGCAGUACAGUGCCUUCAAUGUCCUUCAUAACUUAGGCUUCUCUCUCUCUCUCCACUAGAAAAUGGCUGUAACGUAUGAAACAUACAGUAAACUGGACCUUACCAGCAACUGUGUUUCCAGCAUACCUUUGUCAAGGUAAAGCGUGUUUGAAAACAGAGGUCGUUCCAGGCUCUUGCUGCCAUGGAAACCGCACUCGCGUAUUGCUAUUGAAGGCUAUGCAUGUGUUUGUGAUGUAUGAUGUGCUAUUCGUGUCUAUUUAAACCUGCACGCAUCCUGGGGCAUUGUCCUGUAUUAUAAACUAUCUAAUUCUAUUCCAAAAACACACCUUUUGAGGUUAUUCAUGUUACGUUUAUUUUUUGUAGUGCUGAAUUUCGUUUAUACACACACACACACAAUUACAAUAAAUCUGCAUUUGUUCUCA